UUCAACAAAAACAAAACAAAAUUGCUGCAUCUUCUCUUCCUCGGCUUCCCACUCUUUUUUCUCAUUUGUUCUCGAUUUCCCACUCUUCUCUUCUUGACCUGGCCUCCGACGACGCCUCCCGAAGCCUCCCGAAGCCAGCUACCUGAAGCCUCCCGAAGUCCUCGACGCCCAGCCACCUGAAGGCCACCCUCAUGAAGUCGUUGCAGGCCAGCCCCUCGAAGCUGUCGCAGCCCAGCCUUGAUUCUUUCCCUUGCAGCUCCCGUCGCAAUCGUCGUCGCCUCCCAAUAAACCCUUGGUCGGACCUCAUUCUCUCUUAUCAAAUUAUCUAUGUAGCCAAUAAGGAUGGGGUUAUUUACAUGUGGGAUCUUCGUGGAGGAAGACCAGCAUCUGCUUUCCGUAGUCAUAAAGAAAUUUGUCAUUCUCCCUUCACAUCAUUAAAGUUAUCAUCAGUCAGAAUGAAAAUUGGACUUCUGAAGGCCCAGUCUGAUAUAGUUGCAAAAGAGAUACAGUCUAUUAAUAUCGAUCCAUCUUGCCCACACCAACUAGCAUUUCACCUUGAUGAUGGUUGGGAGGAUGAGGAGAAAGUAUCUGGAAUCUUCAAACAAAACCGGUUUGUUCCAUUGUCGGAACCUGUCACUUCAUGUGCUGUUCAUCCUCUUAAUGGCUCUAUCAUAGCGGGAACAAAGUAUUCGUCUCUGCUCAUGGUUUCGCAAAAACAACAGCCAUGUUGAGUUGAAGAUUAUUACUAAAGAAGUCACCAUCAUCAUCGUUUGCAGCUAGUAGGGUUGAUAUUCAACAACUCAUCAAUCUUGUUGAGAUUUGAUAUUCAACUGCGAAGAACCUCAGCAGCGUUAGAAUCACGCUUAAGCUCUUCCAUCUGAGGCCUCUGUUUGAAAGAUAUGUAGAAAGUGAAUUUUCAUCUGAGCCUUUAUUGUUUUUUUUUUUUUUGGAUCCCCUGCUGCAGCAAGUCCAAAAACUUGCCAUUUUUUUUAAUUUCUUAAUUUCCAGUGGUUUUUUUUCCUCUAACAUGUGUAUUUAAAUAAUUUUAAGAUGUUACAAAAGAAUUUUUUCUGAAACUCAUUUUUGGCAUACAAUUUGAAUUUUUUUUAGUUAUGCUGAAUUUCAAGAAAGCUUGUCAUAUUCUUUUGAUUUUUGAGUGGUUUGUUUGCUUUAACAAGUGUAUUUAAAUGGUAUUAAGAUACCGCAACAGAAAUAUUUCAAAAACUUUGCAUGAAACUCAUAUUUGGCAUUCAAUCUGAUUAUUUAAGUUUAUUAUGCUGAAACUUGAAAACUUGCCAUAUAUUUUUUUAGAGUUUUGAGCUUUUAGUAGAGUGUUUGCUAUAACAAGUGUAUUUAAAUGAUUUUAAGAUGCCACAACAGAAAUGUUUCAAAUUUUUUGCAUGAAACUCAUUUUUUGCAUUCAAACUGAUUUUUUUAAAAUUUAUUAUGAAUUUUAAGUGAUAAGAUUACUGCUUUGUAUAUUGAUCAUGAAUUUUUCUAGCUUCUUAGGAAUGGAAGCUAUCAAUGGCAUAACAAAGAAUGAUGUUGGUGCCUAUCAGAGUGCCUGUGGUGGUCAUGAAGUUUGUUGCUCUGCUUCUUAUGGUUAGAGUUGGGCAUUUGUACUAUGAGUUAUAUAUGUAAAUUUGCAUAGAUCUGAGUGUAUAUUUGUGUUAUAUAUAUAUAUAUUGAAUAUUGUAAAAUUGUACAAAUUUAAGUUUGAUUUUCAUAGAUCUGAAGAUUGUAAAUUUAUUGAUAUAUAUUGGUGAUGUUAAGUGUAUU